AUGUCGUUUUAUAAAUUCAAUCACAAAGGGAAAGGAGUCUCCCAGCAUCCAUGGGAACGUAUCAUCAAAGACCACUACCGAAACAAAAUAAAACAUAUUCAUAAUUCAGUACACAACUCGAAGUACCCAAAGACUGAGAAAAAAACCCCGCUAAUUGAUAGAGUGAAAUUUACGAUUAUAGGCGAUAUGGUGACAAAGGAAUUCAAUUACUGCAUCAAUAUAGCUAAAGGGUUAUUUAAGUAUCGACCCGCGGUUUUUGAACCGCCUGUAAUAAGAGGAGUGACAACAGUAGAAUGGCCGCAUGUUUUGAGUGAUAUAAAGAGACAAUACGGUACAAUGGCGUAUUGCUUGGAUAAUUCUGUGGCUAUAAUUCUAAACGAUAAAUUUCUCGGUGGCGAAAAGGAAUUCAGAGAAAUAAUUAUUGCUAAAUAUUAUUAUCAUAUUAUAUUGGAUUAUUAUAAGGAAGGUGUCGAUCAAUUCGUCAAAUACAUCCGAGCCUCUGGGAGACCCUGCGCAUAUAUGCACAUUUCAAUCGACUCGGAACACAGUGGCACGAUGAUAUUCAUGCUUUACGCAGACGUAGUACCCAAUACUUGUGUAAAUUUUCUCCGAUUAUGUCAAACCAAGAGGGGUGGCUAUGCUGGGACACCCGUACAUAGAAUAGUCAAAGAUGGUUGGAUACAGUGCGGUGGUUUUGGUCUGAAAAGUACAGAUUUAGAAUGCGAGAACUUUAUCAUCCCUCAUGACAGGCGGGGGGUGUUAUGCAUGGCUAACGACGGAAGACAUGUGGAUUGCUCAACUCAAUUUUUUGUUUUGCUACAACCAGCUGCGUGGAUGGCGUCGAAAUACGUUGCUUUUGGUCAACUAAUUGAAGGCGAAUCAGUUUUACAAAAACUUGAGACAGUUCCUACUUGGUACGAAUCUCCAAUGUCAGAAAUUUUGAUUCACAAAGCUGGUAUACUAAACAUGGAGUGUGAGCAUAUACCGAUAAAUAAAGGAACUAAUGAGUACAUACAAGGACACAUAGAAGACUUGAUUGCAUUAGGAGAUACAUUGAUUGAAGAAGUUCUAGCAAAAACAUUUUUGGAGAUCCAAUUUAGAGAAGUAGCUGGCGUAGCAGUAGAAGGCGAGGGUGAGGAAGCAGUUGGCGAAGAAAAAAGAAACAUUCGGGCAACGGAACGGUUUAUCCGUAAGAAAGAAGAAAUAGACAAGCAAUUAAAGAGUCAAUCUCUUGUUGACCCUCGGAGACCGUCAGCGGCCGAAAGCGAAACAAUAGAUGAAAAUAACGAAUUUGAUGUAGAACUUUACGAAUACGAGUCUGAAGAAAGCUCGUAUAAGCACAUUUCUCUCGUUGGCACUGUGAGUCUGGUCGUUCAACCGGAAAAACCUUUUUAUAUACCACUAACCGAUGUACUCGAUCCGGAAGAGAUUGAAUCUACUUAUGAUUUGAAGAAGUUUUUAAAAGGUGAUUAUUGUCUGGAAAGUGAUCUGGAAGACAAACUGCCAAAAAAAAUAAUUGCGCAAGAGCUAUCAUUCAUAUCAGAUAUUUUUAAAUUUGGAGAGGAUUCAGAGGAAAGCUCAGUCGAGUCAUUAGAAUCUGAAGACGAGCGUGAAAUUAGGAGAUACCUUAAGUUUAAUGUGGAUCGUGUCAGCUUCGCUGGUGACGUCAUUAAGGGAAUCGCUCGAGGUGUUGGAAAGUGUAAUCUGUUUGAAGGAACAAGAAAAUCGGAAUUAAUAACGGAUGAAGAAUUGAGAAGGUUUAGAAUAGCUUCUGUUGAUCGAAAAUCGAGAGACAUGGGCGAAAAAAAAGUCUCAAUAAGCGUCCCGUGGGCCGUCAGAGAACCCAGCAAAAUUAAAAGACGACAAACGGGAUUUGUUCGUAUGGAGGACUUGGAAAAGAUUCAUAUCAUACAAAGGCUCAGUUCGCACGAAUUCGACGAUGACGAUGGUUCACCGGCUGGCAGUCGGAAAGUGCGCAUAGCGGCGUCGGCGGUGGCUGCUCAAACUGGAUCUAGGCCAAUGCGUAGACCGACAGGCUUUGUGAGGCCGUCUCCUUUGAAAAUGUCCGACUCCGACAUUGAAGUCCGUAGACAAUCCGUGUUGACCCGUUUAUACGAGAACGUGACUUUGGAUGAUGACGACGACGGUCCCACGCUAAAGGAAUACAGGCCCGCCGGGGGAUCGCAACACAAAAACGUGAUGUUGACCUACAGCUCGCCAAAUUCCCGUAUAAAAAGCGACGAAAACGCAAGAGAGAAAUAUCUCAGGCAUUCGUUAACAGCGGAAAAAGAAUCAUUUGAGGAGAUACUCAAUCUGCAGCACGGCAAAAAGUUCGUAGCUCGUAAGAUAUCCUCCGAUUACGUCAAAACUAUUGACCAAGUGGAACAAAAUACAGUCGAAACGUCCAUAAGGAGCGUCGAGUUCUCUAAAAGCCGCCCUUCUAUGUCCGUGUCCCAGUAUCAAGCGAAGAACCAAGAGUACAAAAAGAAAAUUAAAAGCGUGUCCCAACUGAAGGAAAAACUAUGUUCUAAAGAGAGUGGAAUGAGGUCAUCCGGGUUACGUCUUCCCGGCGACACGCCGCUCUAUUCAGAGACAAACGUCGCUUGA